AUGCCUUCAUUCAUGGAUAUUCAAGUAGCAAAUGAAUAUGAUUUCCCUAUCUCACUUCACACAAAUGACAAACCCAAAUCUUUUGAUCCCAUAACAAUUCCUCUCCCUUUUCCACCAUCAAAGAAGUUCUUAAGCAACAGCCUUCCAAAUUCAGCAACCUCAUCACCAAAAUUUGCAUCAAAUUUAUCCAAAAAGAAAGGGAAAAACCAACCUUCUCCUCUCUCUAACAACCCUUUGGCUAGGCAGCAUUCUGUGGCGCUAGCAAAUCUCGAACGGCUGAAAGAAAACCACUUGCGCAGGAGCAUGUCAUUGGGUGUAGAAAGAUCAAGAUCAAGCGCGCCACCGGAAAAAUCUGUUCUUGGGUUGACAAAAGUCAAUAGUGUUAAACAUGUUGAGGAAAGCAAAGUUAGCAGAGUUCACAAAUCUAGUGGUGGUGGUGAAGAUAAAGUGGAGUCUUAUGAGGAGAAGUUUAAGUGUGGGGCUAUGUGUUUGUUUAUUCCUGGUAUUGGAAAAGCAAAACAAGUAAAAGCCAGAAGGGAAGAAACUGGAAUAUGUGAUAAUAUGGGAGACAAUGUUUCAAGGAAAGUGUCAUUGGAGAAAUUUGAAUGUGGAUCAUGGACAUCAUCAGCUAUAAUCAACUCAAGUGAAGAUGAAGAAAAUGAGUCCAAUCUCUUCUUUGAUCUACCAAUGGAACUAGUCAGAUGCAGUGUGAGUGACACUCAUUCCUCAGUGACAACAGCAUUUGUUUUUGAUAAGGAGCCAAAAGGGGUCCUGAAGAACACCACAGCAAAAAUAACUGAUAGAAAAUCCGAUGAGUCGAGACGCCAUGUUCGGUUUUUUACAUCGUCCCCUGACUCUGACUCGCCCAAUUCCUGCGUAACUCCUCGCCUUCACAAGGCGAGGGAAGAUUUCAAUGCCUUCCUAGAAGCCCAAUGUGCAUGA